GGGUGAGCCGGCGCAGUGCCGAGUCCGUCUCUGCGCGCGUCCGGGGUUGGCGGCUGCGGCGGCGGCGGCGAGUUCCCGAGGGGCGCCUGCGUGGGGCGUCCGAGGGGCCGAGCGGAGGAGGCCGCCCCGGGACACGCAGGGGAGCCCGGCCGGCCUGCACGGGGCGCUCCCGCUUCGGGGGCCCUGCGUGGCACCCCAGCGCGCGCCCCAAUGGUCACCUGCGCCCACCUGGGCCGGCGCGCGCGGCUCCCGGCAGCUCACCCCUCUGCCUGCCCAGGAACCUGCUUUUCCGGAGAGGAGAGAAUGGCUGCUGGGCACCCACCCCGCUGGCCCCAGGAACUGGUAACCUUUGAGGAUGUGUCCGUGGACUUCUCCCAGGAGGAGUGGGAGCUGCUGGACCCUGCUCAGAAGGAGCUGUACAGAGAGGUGACGCUGGAGAACUACAGGAACCUGGUCUCGCUGGAAGCCUUGAAGAACCCAUGUGCUGAUGCAGGGAUGGAGGAGGGUCCAUUUUCCACGGCACACACCCCACAAGCCACUCGUCUUUCCUCGUGGAUGUGGCAUUUACGUCUUCAGCCAGUGGCUUCUGCCCACGUGGAGCAAAGUGAAGCCCUGUGGAUGGAGGAAAGAGGAACUCCUCGAGCCUCCUGUUCCGAUUGGACGACGGUACUGAAAAACCAAGACUCAACUUACAAGAAGGUGGUCUUACAGGAGGAGCCAGCCAGUGGAAUAAGUAUCAUAAGGCUUAUCAGAGAAGACGGGGGAUGGAGGCAGUUAGAGGAGAGUCCUGACGGCCCCCAGGGGCUUCUGAGCCAGAAGGCAUCCAUCCAAGCAGUGGCACUUCCUCAGGACACAGCUGCUGGAUGCCAUGGAUUUGGGGAAAAUGGUCAUCCGAGCUCAGCCCUCGUUUUAUCACAGGGAAGCUCUAAUGGGAAACACGUGUGUGACCGUGAACUGGAUAUGACGAGCUUGGCAUCCGAUUCAGUCUUAAACCGCCGUCAGAUGGGACACGCUGAUGGGAGACCCUGUGCAGAUCACGGAUGUGGAAAUGCCGUCAGCCGGAACGGUCACUUUAGUCAACACGGUGGGGACAUGUUUGUGUAUUUGGAAAAUGGGCAGUCACUGAACCACAGCGUGGCGCUCACCAUACGCAAUGGAAUCAACGCAGCAGAGAAGCCCUUUGAGUGCCACCAGUGCGGGAAGGGGUUCAACCGGAGACAUUCGCUGAGCGAGCAUCAGAGAAUUCACACGGGAGAGAAGCCCUACGCGUGUCAGGCGUGCGGGCGAGCCUUCACGCACAGCUCCACCCUCACGCGCCAUCUGAGAACUCAUACUGGGGAGAAGCCCUACGCAUGUGGCCAGUGCGGGAAGGCCUUCAACAGGAUCUCAUCUCUGACCCAGCACCAGAGGAUCCACACCGGGGAAAAGCCCUACACGUGCAAAGACUGUGGGAAAUCCUUCUGCCAGAGCUCUUACCUCACCUUGCACAAGAGGACACACACGGGCGAGAAGCCCUACGAAUGCGGCGAUUGUGGGAAGGCCUUCAGCGACCGUUCCUCCCUCAACCAGCACGAGCGAACUCACACUGGCGAGAACCCCUAUGAAUGUAAGCGGUGUGGAAGGGCCUUCAGCCAGAGGUCCUCCCUUGUGAGGCACGAGAGAACUCACACCGGAGAGAAACCCUACAGGUGUCAGGAAUGUGGGAAAGCCUUCAGCCAGAGCUCCUCCCUUGCCACACAUCAGAAGACUCAUAGCAGCCAGAAAACCUAUAAGAUCAUUGACUGUGGGGAAGCGUUCUACCGGCACAGACAUCUUAUCGGGUGCCAGCGAGUGCGUGCUGCUUUGUAAACGGCUGUUUAGUGCUCUGACACAUACAUGUGGUUACACUUUGCCCUGGUGUGAUGGAUUCUUUGAAAAGAAGUGGGUUUAUUGGCCAGGCGCGGUGGCUCAUGCCUGUAAUCCCAGCACUUUGGGAGGCCGAGGCGGGAGGAUCACGAGGUCAGGAGUUUGAGACCAGCCUGACCAACAUGGUGAAACCCCAUCUCUACUAAAAUUACAAAAGUUAGCCAGGCUUGGUGGUGUGUGCCUGUAAUCCCAGCUGCCCGGGAGGCUGUGGCAGGAGAAUCACUUGAACCUGGAAGCAGGAGGCUGCAGUGAGCCAAGAUCACCACGCUCCAGCCCAGGCGACAGAGCAAGACUCCGUCUACUACACGUGGGCAUCACCAUGCCCAGCGAAUUUUUAAUUUUUUUAUGCUGUUGGGGUCUUGCUAAAUUGCCAAGACUAGUCUUGAACUCCUGGGGUCAAGCAGUCCUUUUCUCUUGGCCUCCCGAAGAGUUGGGAUUAAAAGCAUGAGCCACUGUGCCCAACCUGGGGCAGCCUUUUAGUGGGAGGAAUUACCAUUAUGCUCUGUCCAGUGAGCUCCAAACUUUCAGAAAAGAUUGGUUGCCGGGCGCGGUGGCUCACACCUAUAAUCCCAGCACUUUGGGAGGUCGAGGUGGGUGAAUCACAAGGUCAAGAGAUCGAGACCAUCCUGGUCAACGGGGUGAAUCCCUGUCUCUAUUAAAAAUACAAAAAUUAGCUGGGCGUGGUGGCGCGUGCCUGUAAUCCCAGCUACUCAGGAGGCUGAGGCAGGAGAAUUGCCUGAACCCAGGAGGCGGAGGUUGCAGUGAGCCGAGAUCGCGCCAUUGCACUCCAGCCUGGGUGACAAGCGCGAAACUCUGUCUCAAAAAAAAAAAAAAUGUAGUUGAUGCUGGGCGUGGUGGCUCACGCAUAUAAUCCCAGUACUUUGGGAGGCUGAGGUGGGUGGAUAGCCUGAGGUCAGGAGUUGGAGACCAGCCUGGCUAACAUGCCAACCAAAAAAUCCAAAAAUUAGCCAGGCAUGGUGGUACACGCUGCUUGUCCCGGCUAUUCAGGAGGCUGUGGCAUGAGAAUACCUUGAACACAGGAGGCAGAGGUUGCAGUGAGCCGCGAUGGCACCAUUGCACUCCAGCCUGGGUGACAGUGUGACUCUGUCUCAAAGAAAAAUGGGUAGUGGAAUCUGGAUUUGACCUUGAACAACCUGUAGAAAGCCAACACCUCAUUCACCAGGCCACCAAGCAGGGGAACUGUCUCCCAGAUUUUCUCUUGGAAAGCUGAAUGCAGUGGCUCACAACUGUAAUCCCAGUAUUUUGGGAACUGAGGCAGGGGACUCACUUGAGUCGAGGAGUUCAGCCCAGCCUGGGCAACACAGGCUCUGUAUCUGCGAAGCAUAAACAUUAGGCUGGGCACGGCGGCUCAUGCCCGUAAACCCAGCAGUUUGGGAGGCCGAGGCGGGUGAAUCACGAGGUCAGGAGAUGGGGAUCACCCUGGCAAGCUGGGUGUGCUGGCGAGAGCCUGUAGUCCCAGCUACUCGGGACUCAGGAGGCUGAGGCAGGAGAAUUGCUGGAACUUGGGAGGCAGAGGUUGCAGUGAGCCGAGAUCACGCCGCUGCACUCCAGCCUGGGCAACAGAGUGAGACUCUGUCUCAAAAAAAAAAAGGAAAGAAAGAAAAAUACAAACAUUAGCCAGGCAUGGCGGCUCACGCCUGUAGUCCCAGCUACUCUGGGGGCUGAAGUGGAAGGACUCCUCGAGCCCAGGAGCUCGAGGCUACGGUGAGCUGUGAGCGCAGCACUGCACCCCAGCCUGAGUGACAGAGCAGGACCCUGCCUCAAAAAAAAUGUGCAGAUUUUCUCUUAGAAGUCACCUAACUUUGCUAUGAAUCUUCCCUUUUUCCUUGAGCUAAUGAGGGAGGUUGCCCGUCCGAUCUCCUUUCACCCUAAUCGAACAAGUUGCUUUUCCUUAGAGAUCCCUGAUCCACCGCCAGUCUAGACCCUACUGGGUUGAUGAGUAAGUUUCUUUUCUUUUUCUGAGGCUGAGUCUCACUCUGUGGCCCAGGCUGGAGAGCAGUGGGGCAGUCUCGGCUGACUGAGACCUCCGACUCCCGGGUUCAAUAGAUUUUCCUGCCUCGGCCUCCUGAGUAGCUGGGAUUCCAAGCACGUGCGACCACGCCCAGCUAAUUUUUUGUAUUUUUUUUUUGUAGAGAUGGGUUUUGCUCUGUCAUCCAGGCUAGUCUCCAACUCCUCGCCUCCGGUGAUGUGUCCGCCUCGGCCUCCAGAAGUGCUGGGAUCGCAGGUGUAAGCCACGGUGCCUGGCCGAGCGAGGUUUUUUAAGGGCUCUGUGAACAACUUUGAACUGGGUGCAAAGUGUGUGCUGGUGCAUUGAUGUGUUUUUUGGGGAAAGCAUCUGUAGAUUUUGGCAUAUUCUUGAGAAGAGCUGAGUUAGAGUUCUCCUGACUGUUCUGUCCUCAGCGUUGCUGUCUCUCUCCAGCAAUUAUUUUUUAAAAUUUUUAUUUAUUUUUGAGAUGGAGUCUCACUGUCACCCAGGCUGGAGAGCAAUGGCAUGAUUUCAGCUCACUGCCACCUCUGCCUCCAGGGUUCAAGCAGUUCUCCUGCCUCAGCCUCCCAAGUAGCUGGGAUUACAGGCACACACCACCAUGCCCUACUAAUUUUUCUUUUUUUUUUGAGACGGAAUCUUCUCUCGCCUCGGCCUCCCAAAGUGCUAGGAUUACAGGCGUGAGCCGCCGUGUCCAGCCUUUUGUUUUUAUUCUUUUAUUUGACACAGGGUUCCACCACGUUGGCCAGGCCGGUCUCGAACUCCUGACCUCCAGUGAUCCACUGGCCUUGGCCUCCCAAAGUGCUGGAAUUACAGGGGUGAUCCACGGAGCCCAGCCACACUACUUUCUUUUAAACUGGAAGCUGCUUUCCUGUGUCAGUCCUCUAAACAUGUAUUUUUAUUAAAGUGUGUACAACCUU